GCAAGCAGUCAUCGUUCGACGUAUUGACAUCAAUACGACCCUCCCUUGGCAGAACGCGCUGUGCGCAUAUCCCCAUAAAUUGACCUCACCUCACCUCGUUGGCAAGCAAACAUGCAUCCUUUGACGCUGUAUGCCGUGGGCAUCGCAGCCUUCGGUUGGAUACUCUGGCGAUUCGGUCAAGCUCUUGCGAAACGUGACGCAAAGUACAAUCCGCAGGGCCUUCCUGGACCCACUCUCAUCCCAUGGGUUGGACGCGUUCAUGAUCUCCCCAUCGACUACAUGUGGCUAAAGUUCUACGAGUGGGGUCAGAAGUACGGACCGAUCUAUCGCACAAAAAUGCUGGGGGCAAACUUCAUCGUUAUCUCAGACGAAGAGAUUUGCGAGGAGAUCCUGACUAAAAAGGCCAAAAUCUAUUCGGACAGGCCCCAGAUUAAGUCUUUGUUUGACGCUAAGAGUACUCAUGGAUCCAUGGAAUAUCUGCCUCUCAUGGGCCGUAACAAGUACUGGGCGCGCCAGAGAAAGUUCACUCACGCAUACCUGAUGGAUUCGACCAACAACCGCUACUACGGCAUCAUGGAACUCGAGGCUAAGCGCUGGAUGUACUCGCUCUUGAACAAUCCCGACAACUUUGGAUUCUCAUUGGAAGAUAUGGCUUCAAAGGUCAUGUGCCAGCUCACCUGGGAUGACCCUAACCUCAGCGAGGCACUCACACCCAGCGCUUGGGGUUUGUUAACACAGAUGUCUCCGGCCGGCCCAAUCACCAACGUCCUGACGCCUCUCUGGGACUGGUUGCCUCAGCCGAUCAACCCCUGGAAGAUCGCUGAACGAAAACGCCACGACGAGCAGCAAGCCUGGUGGAUGGAACAGUUGGUGAACACACGCAGGAAGCUCGAGAAGGGCAAGCAAAGACUGUGCUACACGCGCACAUACCUGGAGACUUCCGAGAAGACUGCCAUCUCGGGAGAUUACGAAGCUUCUUCCGUGAUCGGUAUGAUGGCCUUAGUUGGCAUCUUCACUGUCGCUGGACCGCUGUAUUACUUCCUUGUAGCAAUGAUCCAUCACCCUGAAUGGCAGAAAAAGUGCCAAGAAGAGGUUGACAAGGUCUGUGGACACAAGCCCCCUACUCUUGCGGACAUGCCAUAUCUUCCUGUACUUCGCGCUUGCAUCAAGGAGACAAUGCGAUGGAGACCAAACGUACCAACAGGUAAGCGUGUUGCUCAUGAGCUUGAGCAAGAUGACUGGCACCAGGGCUACUUCAUUCCCAAGGGAACCCGUAUCCUCCCGCUCGACUACGCAUUCCUCCACAACCCCGUCAAGUACCCCGAUCCGUGGAACUUCCGACCGGAGCGCUGGCUCGAGCCUGGCUGGCCUACAUACAACCCUGACCUCACAAAGUUCCCCACAAUCAUGGGUAUGACUUCUUUCGGCUGGGGCCAGCGCCAGUGCCUUGGUCAAUCGAUCACUCGGGACGAGACGCUUGUCGGCUGCGGCGCUCUCGUGUGGGCUUUCAACUUGAAGCGCAAGGUUGAUCCCGUCACUGGCAAGGAAAUUGAGGUGCCUACCACCAAGUCGAACUCGCUCCUCAUCGUCAAGCCCGAUCCGUUUCAGAUGGCUUUCGAGCCCAGGAGCGAAAAGCGGAAGCAACAGAUUGUUGACGAAUGGAAGGCUGCAGAGGCACAGGAUAUAAAGGAGAGGACCGACUUCCUGAGGGCUGCGGAAGAGCAGGAGGUUGUAGCUUAA